UAAGAUGCAAUAAUCAUUAUUCUUUCAAAUUAGGUAAUUCUUUUUACAAUUUGAUAUGUUUGGAUAGCCUCCAAAAUUUAGAAUUUUGGGAAAAUGCAAAUACAAUUCAACUUUGGGGGCAUUGUCAACAUUAGGGACUAUUUUCUUUGCUCUGGCUUAUUUAGUCGUAGGGAUUUAAGAAUUAAUAGCUAAAAAUUCGCCAAAUGUGAUUUCAUCAGAGAGAUAAGUAGUAGAGACAUCAGUACAUCUCUGAUAUAUUUAGCCAUUUCUUCUCGAAAGGAAUAAUUUCACAAUUGCAAUUACCAUGGCGGAUCUUAAUAGUCAACCUUUAACAACGAUAAAUAAAUAUUUUACUAUUUCGCUUAAAAAUUGUUAAACCACUAGAAUUUAUAAUGAAACAUCCUAAACUUCGAAUGUUACAAGAAAGUAAACUGAAUUCUAAAUGAUAGCUGCACUAUAAUCCCAUUGGAAGCAUGCACAAAGGAGCAUUUUCUAUCUGAAACUUAGAUUGACUACUUCUCGAGGAUUAGAUUGGGAUCCGUACAGUGUAUCAAAAAGGAUUAUUGGGAUAGUAAUCCUCCUGUAAAUAAAUUAAGUUAUUAUUAAUAAGGUACUACAAGGGAUUAAAACAAGUCCUGCAUAUUCCUCUUUGACCAUAACUGUUGCUGUGUGUAAGAACUCCACUAAUAAAAGUGAUUGUGCUCCAAUUGAGGACAUAAAAAAAUAGCUCAGUUCUGGAUUUUAUGCAGUUCAUUUAAGUGAUUCACUAUUAUAGAUGAAUAGAGCUGUCAAUAUGUCCUUAGAUGUCAUAAACAUCUAAUAUUACACCUUUUCAAUUACUACAUCUAAAAACAUAUUUUAGCAAUUUAAAGUUGUGGAUACUUACACAGAUUCUGGAGUGGUGUUCUCAGAUUUAUCUGAAUAGCAAGUGCUCAUUUAGGAUUCCCUAAGAGAGUCAACUGAUCUAUACAAUGAAGAAUAUUUGGUGUUGCACAAUAUCAAUUUAAGUUCAAAAUACACUGAAUACCAAAGGUCAUAUGUGAAGAUUCAAGCCAUUUUAAGCAGAGUGGGAGGCUUAUAUUAAAUGAUAUUUCUACUGUUGGCCGCAUUCAUUAAACCUCUGGUUCAAUUGAUGUUGGACAUCGAUAUGGCAAAUGAAUUGUUCAAAUUCAGUGACAAUAAAAAGGAUAAAUUAAAUGUAUCCGAUGACAAUAAAGUCGUGGAUGCGUUGGCUGGAAUAGUCAGAAGUAGGAGGAAGCUGUUAUCUCCUAGAGACACUGGCAGAUUGAACAGUGAAAAUAAUCAGGAAGCCAUGAUUGUAAGAAUUGUAGACUAUUUAGAAUGAAAGUUUGAAUAUAAUUCUGAGGAAGAAGAACCAAAUAAGCAGAAACAUUAAGACAAUUAUUUGGAUAUUCAUUGGUUGCGAUAAAAAGAAGAGAAAGAUGUUAGAGCUGGCAAAGGAGAAAUAUAUGGAGAAAUUAGAUGUGAAAUUGAUAAUUCAAAAACUAUAUGAACUUGAUCAACUGAGGGAUGUUAUUUUGACUGAAGAGUAGAAGAAAUUAUUCAAAUAUUUGCCUAAACCAGACAUAGCUUAAGACUUAGAACAGGCAAAAUGCUUGGAUUAGUCAAAGUAAAAUUAAUAAUUGCAAUCUAUAGCAAUUUAGGAGGCAUUUUAAGCUUAUGAAAAAGUGGUGUCUUAAGGUUGGAAAUCAGGGGUUAAUUAAAAAUUAGUUUAAUCAUUAGAUCCAGAAAUCUAAUAACUUUUCUAAUCACUCUAAAAGAGUCAACAAAAUUAGAAUCAAUUCUUAAAUGAGAUUCCUUUGAAUUAAUCUAAGCUCAGAUUUGACGUGGGUGAUUUAGCAGAUUGCUAGUCAAUCUAUGAGGAUUGCAACGCUAAUCCCCAGAGAAUUUAUACCUAGGUCCCCAAAAGAAUGAACAAAUAGCAUGAAACAUAAUGA